AAUUAAACGAAGAAAUGUGUUAAUUAGGAAAUUUUAGCCUUCUGUGACUUGGCGUCUAUUUAUUUGGAGGAGGACAAGAUUGCGUCUAAAACCUGGAUUUGAGAGUCAUUCCCUAUAUUUCAACGAGAUCGAUAUCUAAAUGCGAAAAAUUGACGUAUAAUUUGUUUCAUCGGAAUGUAAAAUUAAUUGAAUAUUUUGUGAUUACAUCGCUGUACGCUCGUAUUCAAUAAAUUAAGCAACAAUGAAUAAGAUGUCACGAUACCCUUCAGACUGCAAAGUCUAUGUAGGAGACUUAGGAAGCAGUGCGACAAAGCAGGAAUUGGAGGAUGCUUUCUCAUAUUAUGGACCUCUGAGAAAUGUGUGGGUAGCUAGAAAUCCACCGGGAUUUGCUUUUGUGGAAUUUGAAGAUGCUAGAGACGCGGAAGAUGCGGUAAGGGGACUCGAUGGAAGGACUAUAUGUGGAAGACGUGCUCGCGUUGAACCAUCCAAUGGAAAAAGAUUAAGAGACAGAGGUUAUUCUAGAAGAGGCUUUGGAAGAUUAUUUCACCCCGAAGAUAGAUGUUACGAAUGUGGUGAAAGAGGCCACUAUGCUAGAGAUUGUGUACGUCAUAGAAGUUCUCGUCGAAAGCGAUCCCACUCCAGGUCUUAUUCACGAUCAAAAUCCCAAUCAAGAUCACGGUCUCGUUCACGUUCUCGAUCAAGAUCCAGAAGCAAGCAUUCAAGAUCUUCGUCUCGUAGCCGUUCUCGCAGUAGAAGUGGUUAUAACAAAGAAAAGCUUCGUAAUAAACGGAGAUCUGGUUCUAAAGAUCGUAGUCCGCGCAAGACAAGAUCCAAAUCUGUUUCUAGAUCCCGCAGCAGAUAAAGUGUGAACACAUUUAAUGGAAGUACAAGAUGCAGUUUUCAGAAGCUAAUAAAAUAAUGCUAUAAGAAUUAUGUCAAACUUAGAAGUAUAAUUUUUUUAUAAUUUUUCUUAAAUAAGUUACACCAAAGUGCAUUUUCUUCUUAGCA